UCUGUUUCCAGAGCGGUGCAUGAAAGUGCGCACAAGGGCCGGAGCCCUUCCUGUGUCAGUGUGACUGUGUGAGUGAGCCUGAGGAGCCCGGGGUACAGACAUGUUCCGCCUCACAACUUGCUGCCGCCACAGCCUUGCGCUCAGCCGGGCCAGACUCAGCCUUGCAGGCUCCCGGUCAGCUGCAGUGUAUGGGCUCCUAUCCGGCAAGGAGGGACAUGGCUCUGCGCGGAGGAGCUGUGCGCCUUAUACACAGAUUAUUCUACCUAAUGUGACAUCCGUCCGAUGUUUUGGCACUUCACCGGUUUCUGGGAAUUAUGAAGAUGGCAGAUUAAUUUACACUGGGAAUCUAGCAAAAUCAGUUCUUGGGAUAAAGUUUUUCUCGUAUUCCACCAGUAUUUUUAGUAUUUGCCUGAUGCCCUACAUUAUGCUGAAAUCUGGAAUCAGUGUUGACAGUUUGGCAUUAAAGAUCGCCUUUAUCAGUGUCGUAGGCUUCUUCACAUUUGUCACUCCAGUUACUUUGCACUUGAUUACAAAAGGCUAUGUGGUCCGGUUAUACCACAACGCAGAGACAGAUACCUACACAGCAGUCACUUACAAUGCCCUUCUUUCUGAGAAAAGGACAGUUUUUCAUCAAAAGGAUGUUGAAAUACCCGGAGUAAGCAAGAUGUUCACAACGUUUUACGCUCAAAAGAAAUCAAUGUUGGUGAAUCCGAUGCUUUUUGGAAAUCCUUAUGACUAUAAUCAUCUAAUGGGCUAUGAUAAGCCUUUUACAUUCAGUCCUGAAGAACUGAGUCAGUCUUCUGAGGAUAAAUAAAAAAAGAAAAAAGAUAUGGUUAUCGUUUGUGUUCAAAUUGUAUAUUGUUCUUAUUGCUCCUGCCUUAAGCUGGUCAUACACAUACUGAAAAAAAAUAUGCGUUUUUGGUCCCUGUGUACUUCCCAGACAUUCCCAACCAUUAUCUAUGUACCAUGGAUGCCAGUUGGUUCAACAGUUCUUGAUGUUCUAGCGGCUGGCCAGAACAACUGAAUAAAAAAAAAUGUCUCUGUUCUGUCACAUACCAUAUGAAGUGGCCUGUGUAUGCCAGCCUUUUAAUCUCCGCUCUUCUUAUGUAAAAUAAUUCGUACUAUACUGAGAACCCCCAGCCAAGUUGACCAUACACUGUCUAGCACCCCACAGAAUUGAACUGACCAGCCUGCAGGCCAGACAAGUUACAUACAACCAGUUAUAAAUGUGGAUCAUUGUCAGAUACAUUUUUUUUGUACAGAUGGUACCAGCCCUCAACCUGACAUGUACGCAUGAAAAUGGCUGAAAUCACUCAGAUUGCCCAACCACUCUGAUUUUGGAAGGAUGUACAUUGUGGGCCCCUGUCAUUUAUACCUUUAAAGUGCAAAGGAAGCUGACUGGGAAUUGAGGGACUAAGAGUUGGUGGUGACAUAGGUAAUAAAUUGUUAGGGUAAUGGCACUCAGGACUUACUUGAUUUGUAGGCUCCUCCUUUCACUUCAAAAGAAAGUGAACAUUAUUGAAAAGUUAUUAUAUAGCUUAAAUAUGGUUAUUGGCAUGUAUGCAAAUAAACCACUAACUGGAAAUUGAAAUUCAUAGUGAAUGGUGGGUGAUUUAGACUGUUUUGUCCUUUUCCACUAAGCAAAACACCCAAGCGCCAAAAUGUUUGAAAUUGUUUGAAAUUGCUGUGUGCCAUU